AUGUUCAUGGUAUGCCUUGUUUCACAGAAUUAUCAUUUUUAGAUUUCUGUCAGUCUAGCCACGACCAUAACACCAAAUUAUACCACCGUCAGUACCGUAAGUUCGUUUCGGUUAAAUUUUACAUUCGCAGAAUUUCUACGACUCCCUAUUUUUAGCUCUCUGGUGACGACAGAGAACGAUUAAAUCUGGUCCUUUUACUGGUGGUCAACGGAAUUCUUCUGAUGUUGGGUGCUUUCGUUGUGCUCCUUCUCCUUACUUGUCAGUGCUUAUAUCCAAGCAUUGUAAAAUAUGCCAAAAAAAAUGGAUACGACUUCAAAGCGGGCAAGGUAGAUGGACAGCAGCCAUUAUGUAUGACUGUGCUAUGUUUCAGAUUGACAAGGUCGACUGUGCAUUGGCACCACGCAUGGGCCCCAGAUUCCGUCCAUGA